CAGAAAUCUUUGGUGAGAAUUGGCAGCGUCGCGAGAAGCUUUUUUGGACGCCAUUCACAAGGCAACAAACAUAAAAAGAUCCCGGCUUUUCAUUUCGAAGUGUAAAAUCUUACUAUUUUAAAAACAGAAACGAAAUGAGUUUUCGGCGUGGACGUGGUGUUGGCAAUGGAAGGUUUUCCGGUGGCAGAGAUAUGGACAGCGGACGAGGAAGAGGUGGAGGCAGAGAUAGUGGCCCACCAAGAGGAGCAGACAGGCUUUCAAAUCACACUUCUGACGCAUCAAUGGCCAGUGCCCGAAUCUUUGUGGGAAACCUGCCCACCAAUGACCCUAGACUCACCAAAGAGUUGCUAGAAGAGAAUUUCAGUCAAUACGGACACAUUAUGGGCAUAUCCAUUCUGAAAGGCUUUGGAUUCAUCCAAUACGCUGAUGAAAUCAGUGCAGAGAAUGCCAUUAGAGGAGCUCAGAACAUGGAAAUCCUUGCUCACCGAAUGGAUGUCAAGAAUGUCAAGUCUGGCAAAGACGGUCUUCCACCUAUGCCAGGCAACAGUAGUGUCAGUGGAGGAAGUGGUGGAGGUGGAGGUGGAGGAGGAGGAAUACCCGAUCCCGGCAAUUACCGUGAUCGUUCACCCAUCAGACGAAGAGAAUUUGACAUGCCAAUGCGUGGCAGAGAGCCCGACAUGCCUCCCAGAGGGAGAGAUGGCGAGAUGAUGAUGCGUGGAGGUCCUUCUCACCGCGACAUGGAUCGUCCGUCACGCGAUUUUGACGGUAGAGAUCAGCGCGACUGGGGCAGAGACCAGAUGGACAUGAUGGAUCCUUACCACGGAUCUCCUUACAAUAUGGAUCGUGAAAGAGACAUGCAUCCGCGAGAGCCGUUUAUUCCUCCGCUAGGUGACCACAGAGGCAAUUUCGGUGGUGGUGGGCCAGGUCCGAAACCCAGUGGUAUGAACAUGGCCAAUGAAGUCGAAAUCGUCGUCACUUCCAAAACAGGACCGCUGAGGCAGUACGCCGAGCGGAUCGAGAGCCGCAUCCGAUCUCAGGGUCUGGCCGUCGACGUCCUUUUCCCCCACGAAGAAAUUCCCAUCCGCCAAGUCCUGGCCGACUUGUCGUCUCGAGGCACUCUCUACGGCAUCGUUCUCUCUCCAAUCAAUCCGGAGCACGGAAGCAUCACCCUCAACAUCUUGUUUGGCCAGCCAGAAGAGCACCGGAACAUUCCGGUGGAGGAUGCUUUCGCCUUGUUGUCGUCGUCCUUGCAGCGCUAUCAACAGCAGCAACAAGGCGGAAUAGGAGGUGGUGGUGGUGGAGGUCGUGGCGGAGUCGAACAGCGCAGCGGCGGAGGCGGUGGUGGUGGUGGUGGUUUGAUGGACUCUGCCGCCCCCGAUUCCAGAGGCAGAGGCGGAAUGCAGAUGCAGGCCGGACCGGAGCCUCACCACGCCAACAUGCAAGGGCUCAUCAAUUUGUUGCAGGAAAAUCGGCCGCUGUCGGUGAUGGAGUACGACCGUCUCAUCCGCUACUUGAGCGACAGACGUGACCGACAGAUGGCCGAAGAUGCUCGCGGCGGUGGCGGUCUGGCCGGCAGCCAACCGGCUUAUCUUCUAGGCGGAGGAUACAAUUCUGGCGGAGCUGCUCCGGGCGGUGGCGGUGGUGGUGGUCAAGAUAAUCCGAUGGAGUUGCAGCAGAGGAUACUGAGCAUUUUGAAUUCGAGCGCGGGCGGAGUUGGGGCUGGCAUUGUGGGCGCCGGUCCAGUCCCCGCCCCCGUUCCGGCUCCGCAUCUCAACUCUUCUGCGUUGAACUCGUCAUGGAACGCGGGCGGUGAGGUCAGCUCGUCGGGGCAGCAGCAGCAACAGCGUUCCAACAACGACCUCUCGGCCGGUCAUUCCGACGGACCCAAAGUUGACGGUCUCUUACCCACUGGGCCCAACAUGUUGAAACAUUACAACCAAUCGGGACCAGGAGGCGCCAGGCAACAACAACAGCAAGACUCUUCCCACCGGCCAAUGCAGUCACAACAACAGCCGGGCGGAUAUUAUGGCAUGGGCAAACGCUUUUAAAAAAAGAAACAAACAAACAACAACAAAACCAAAACAAAUGACGAUGGGGGAUAGAAGAUGCGCGGUAUAUUAAAAAUAACACUCGGAAAAAAACAAUCUAGAAAGAAGAUAGAAUCAUAUUUAAUUCGAGGAAAAAUUAAAAGAGGACGAACUUUACCUUUAGAGUUUUUCUUUUUGUGUGCCCCGGGAUUCUCCACGGAAAAAAGACAUAGGCCGAUAUGUUUUUUCUCAUUUUUCGUCAUUGUCAAUUUUUUUAUUAAUUAUUCAAAAAAAAAAAAACUUCCCGGAAAAUUGGUAGGAUCGAAAUUCACCAAACUCUUUUUUUUUUCGGUCUUUUUUGUGUGUGUCAUCGCCCGUUUUUCUCUCCUUUUUUGAACUCGGUUUUUGUAUUUGCCAGAAAAUAUUUUUUUUGCAUCUUUUUCUCUUCUUUCAGCUAAACUAAAAAUGAUUUAAGGAACACCCACUCUCGCAAUCAGAGCCAAUCGAAUAAGUUUAAAAACGAGGUUCUUAUUUUUUUUCUCUCUCACUUCCCCCCCCACAUGAUGAUGAUUCAUUGCCCAACAUCAAAUUUGAUUCCCCCUUUUUUUUCGUGUCUUGAUCCAAUUUUUUUCGUUUCUUUUUUUUUCCAAAUCGACAUAAAACUGUGCACGUCGUGCGUCAUUUUUUUGAAA